AUGUCGAGCGACGCUGACGCGGGGGGAUGGACGGAUCUCCUUCAUUCCUCCACCAAGCUGCUUGAGCAGGCCACUCCGUCAGCGCAGUUUCCCCCUCUCCAGGUCACCCUCGCUACCUCUCAUAAGCCUCCUCAGUAAACCCUACUUUGAAUAUCUUGAAUCGCAGCGCGCUACAAUUUUAGCCCAUUUUUUCUCUGCUCCGUGAUCAUCUCCGCCACCCUCUUCUUCUUCCUUGGCCCUCAUCUUUUAGAUUUUUGUUCCUGUUUUUUCUGGCUUGUGUUUCCCUGAGUUUUUUGUUUUAAUGGGAAACAGAGGAGCUUGGAUCAGUUGGAGGUUCUAUCAAAGAAGUUGAAAGCGAAAACUCUACUUUCAGAGGCACCCAGCCAAUCCACUUCAGCGACCAGGUAAACACGAACGGUGAAGUGUGAUUAUUACUUGCUCAUAGCAGAUGAAGGCAUGUAUUAACUGUCAAUUCUUUAUUUCUUAAUGGUCAAUUUGUCAGCCUAGAUUUAUCCGGCCGGUCUAGUUUAUGGCAUUUGAUGCUUGCUGAGUUUUACUCGGUUCUUGUCAUCAUCCUUAUUCUGACGGCCUCAUAUCCUUCCUUUUUUUUAUGUAUUUGCUUUCUGCCAUUGUGAUUGCUGUAAUUUUUUUCAUGGACAGGUUGUUAGCUCGUGAAGGAUUAAGUGCUGAGCAGCUUGCACGGGAUCUGAAAACAUUUGAGCUGAAGGUAUUCUUGAUGUGGAAUCAGAACAUAAUUCGAAGAGGAACUUCCUUGGAAUUUCUGUAGUCUUUUAGCAUGUGGAAAUUAUAGUUAAUAGAAAUUGCUGUCUAAAGUGUUCGUAGGCAGUAGUAGUUGAACGAAGGGAAGGUGCCCCUCGUGCUGCUCUCUGUACCGUGCUAGAUUAAUAAGUACUACAUAUUAUCGUGAAAUAUUAUUUGAAAUUCCCUCGGCUAUUUUUCUUUCCAACAUACUUUCGUUCUGCUCGACUUAUUUAAAAUGACUUAUUAAUAAAAUGUGCUUUCUUGGUCUUAAUUGAAGACAACAUUUGAAGAUGUUUUUCCAGCUGAGGCAACGACUGUUGAGGAAUACCUACAACAGGUUAGUUUUGAUUCUCCUUGCUACAGUUUUCCUCAAUAUCUAUACUUAAUUUGCAAUGUCCUAACUUGAGAGGUCCUUUUGUUGUUCAAGAUUAUUAACGACAACUUGACUGGUAAAAGGUUUUCAUAAGCCCUUGUCUCGGUUCAGGCAUUUAUUUUCUCAGAACCAUAAUAGUUUCUUUCGCAGUUUUUGACCCAAGUUCUUCUUAUAUUUUAGGUUCAUGAAAUGGCUAUGGUCUCAGCCAUUCAAGAAGCUCAGAAGGAUAAUUUGAGGAACUUUAAUGAUUACAUGCUACAAGCUUUGGAGGUUAGAAUCAUUUUGAAAAUUUUACUUCUUUCUUGGUAUUUUAUGCCCCCAUUACAGAGUAUCACUUCGUCUGAAAGUUUGUUUGUUCGGGGAUUUCAUGCUUCUAAAUUUGUCUGUCCGGUAAGAAAGGAAAAUAGAUGUACUUAAAACCAUUUGUCAAAAUUUGGCUACAUCAGAGGUUAUUUGUUUUGCAUUUUCACACAUAGUUUUCCUUGUAUUGGUAUCAUCAUUCUCCAAAUAUCUGGGGUUGAGUUAAAAGAUUAUCCUUAAUAAUAGAAUCGUCUAUUUGUCUUUUCAAAUGCUACUGGAAUUUAUCUAUUUACGUUCCUUGAUUUUUUGUUCUGCCUGUUAUAUUUUUAACAAAGACUACAAGUUAUCUUACUUUUUUAUUAAUGUUCGUAGCUAUACUUUAUUUUUUUUCUUACACAGUCAAAAUUAGGACCAAAAUUCUGUCGUGAUUUCACUAUGACCACCACUGAGUGGUUAGAUUCCUCUAGAGAUGCAAUGAUCAUGUUAAAAAUUGUAUGAUUUCUUGCUCCACAAAUUGAGGACGGGUUAUCAUUGGACGUGAAAUUACCAUCCAAACCUACCCGUCCUCAUUAUCCUUAGUUACCAUUUUCAUUAGGACCAGAUAUUUCCUGGAAUCUGAAUGUUAUUUCGAGUUGCAUUCAUAUCACCAAUGGGAAGGGACACCAUCAUAUAUGGUAGUACAUGAUUCUUCCUCCCUAUCACAUGGAAGGAAUAUAAAAUCUUUUUAAUACCAGACAACCUAUCAGGUUUGAUGGGAGACCUAUGUCCUUUAUUGAAAUUUGUGCACUUCAUGCUGACACGUACAGUUCCCAAUAUCAACAUGUCUGCCCACGAGCAUUAUAUUUGUUGUCACUCCAACACCUUUGCUUGACUAAUAGCAAACUUAAAGAAGUAUUCUACUGUCGGAUAGUGGAAGUUUUCAGUGUAUAAAAAGGAUCUGAAAUAAGAUUGGCAAUGAGUGGAGCAGGCUCAUACAUUCUACAAGAUUUAGUGAUCUGAUUUGCCGUCAGAUGACCGCAGCACUCUUUCCAGAGUAGGGCAAUUUCUUGAUAAUUCUGCCAAGUUGACAACAUAGGCCCGUUGGCCGAUCCAGGACAAAACCUAUUGUCCUGAUAGCCCAUCUAAGACCGGGCCUUCUCAGCCAUAUCAUUAAAGAAUUAUCGAUUCUAACCAUUAGAUAUCAUCUUUUUAUGUGGGUCAUUGUACAGUUUUUUCAGCUGCUGAAGCAGUUUCUUCGUCGCCAUUAUUGGUGGGCAAGUUCACCGACAGAAUAUUGUCGAUCUGUUCUACUUGGCUUCUAACAUUCUAUGUUAGUAGUACAGAUGCAUAUUUGCAGUUGUAUGCUAUAAACGGUGGACUGAAUUCAACAUUAGUUUAAAUUAAAAAAUUUCUCUGUAUGCUUGAGAAAUUCUUGACAGGUCUGUUUGUGAUAUUUUUAUCUAAAAUCAUUAUAGUAAAUGGGAUAUAGAAAAUAAAUAUUUGAGUAGAACAUAGGCAGUGUGUUCCACUGGAAACUCUCACAUCCUAUUUCUUGUGACUGACUAUAGACGUCUGGUAUUUUCUGAUUUUUUCCUUUGUUCUAGCUUUAGAGUUUCUGUAGAUGAUAGAAGAAAAAUCUAAGUGUGAAUCAAAAAUCUGGUCGUUAAGCUUUGUUGCGUUAUAUUUUAUUAAAUUAAUUAUCUCUUAUUUAUUACUGUUUUGUUUGAUAGGAGGAUUGGAAGAAGGAGAAACGGGAAUUUUUGCACAGCUUAAGCCGAUUGGCAUUGUUACCUAGAAGAAACAGUGGUGCUCGAAGCACUGGGCUAACACAUCCUGGUCAGAUUACAUCUCAAGCUUUGAGUUCUCAGGUUUCUCGUCCAUCUUCUGUGGAGCUUGUGCCAGCGACAGAUAGGCCUCUUCCUGAGAAAAAAACUUCAGUUUAUGCUGAAGUGGUGAGGAAUCUUAAUGAUGCUAGACAGAGUGGUUUGCCUUUCAAGGUACGUACUUUAUGCUAGACAAAUAAUUUGUUGAAACGUUGAAUUUCAUAUUAUUUGUUUAUUUUAUCAACGUUUUCCUUUUUAGCCUGCUACAGCUUUCAGGGCUGCACAUGAAUUUAUUGGCAUUGAAACAUCUGUUGGAAAAACAGUAAGCAUGCAAAAGAUAUGGCACUUAAUUCAGGUAUAUUCUUAUGUUUGGAUUUCUUGCCUCCAUUUUGAGAAAUUUGUAUUCGAAGAAACCUCUUGCUUGAAGCAUAAGUCUCUAGGAUGAAAUAUAAGCUUUAGUCUCUGUUUGUCUUUCCAGACAAUGGCUAAUGAAGACUCAGUCACUCAAGAAAAUAUUUCAAAAAGGAUGGCACUUGUAAUAGGGGCAAGGCGCCAUCUUGAAUUUGGUCAUGAGAAGUAUAUCCUAGAGACUAUCCAAAGCCAUCCUUCUCAGGUAAAAUAUUUACCCUGAUGCCCAGUGUUAUGCUAAAAUUCAUCUUUGGUUGUAUUGUAAAUUAUAUAGCUAGUUGCCUCACCUUGUGUAAAUUGUUAACUAACUUUUGUGUACUAUUGUUGUCAAUUUGGUUUCUGUACGAGAUGACAUGUUAUGAAUCUCUGUAGAUGUUAUUAUGUUGAAAUACCAUUUUUGAGAGAGUAUCAUGUAACUAAGCACAUUUUACGAAUUACAAGGAUGCAAAAGCAGGGGUUGAACUCUGAAUGUUUUCUACUUUCUAUAUCUUGGUUUUUUCGGUUGCAUGUAAUGAUAAGGUUUUGAUGUUCCGUAUGCCACUCCACAGGAUUUUUCCCUUCCUCUCCAAUUAAAUUUUUAUGAAAAAAAAUAGCUUCGAUACUAAUUAUGUUGUGCUCAUUAUGUUUCUGUUUUCCUCCCUUUAUCUAAUUUUCUUUAGACCUAUACAUUUAUUAUUUUUGUUGACAGUUCUGGUGAAAUAUGAACCUGUGUCUUCCUUUUCCUUUCUGCAUUAAAAGUUCUUCUUGAUACAACUAUUUCACAUUCCUUAUGUUGCUUCAUCCACUUAUUAUUAUAGGCUGCUCUUGGAGGAGUUGUCGGAAACUUGCAGAAAGUUCGUGCAUUUCUUCGGGUCAGUUAAGCUUCUGUUGCCUUACAUUUCUUCGGGUUUUCCUUAUAUUGUUAUUCUCUAGGCUAAGAUUUUUGGGAUACAAUUUCCUGUGACUAUAGGUCCGUUUGCGGGAUCAUGGGGUAUUAGACUUUGAUUCCGUUGAUGCUCGUAAGCAACCUCCAGUUGACACUACGUGGCAACAGGUGGGCAUUUCUAUAGCGUCUUAACCACUUUUCUCUGAAGUUGUGUUUGUUUAAUUUUUUUUGCCUGCAUUAUCAAGUGAAACUAACUGCUGGGGAUGGCUUACGUUUAAUGCAGAUUUAUUUUUGCCUAAGGACUGGUUACUAUGAUGAAGCUAGACAUGUUGCUCAAUCAUCUCGUGUUGCCUACCAAUUUGCACCUCAGGUAUGAAGUUUGUCAUAUCUGAUUAAUUUUUGCUAGAGGAAAUAAUUUGGCAUGUUUUGGCAGCUUGGAGAAUGGAUUACAACUGGUGGUAUGGUAUCCCAUGAAACUGCACUCAUGGCUUCAGAAGAAUGUGAUAAAAUUUUAAGGAUUGGUGAUCGUGCUGGUAGACCUGGCUAUGACCGGAAGAAGUUACUUCUUUACGCUAUCAUCUCUGGUUGUCACCGUCAAAUUGAUCGGCUGCUUAGAGAUAUGCAAUCCCUUUUCAGUACUAUAGAGGACUUUUUGUGGUUCAAGUUGUCGUGUGUGCGUGAUGUCUCCAGUUCUGUGCCUUCUCUUGUACUAAGUGACAGAUUGGUACCGUACAGUUUAGAUGAUCUCCAAACCUAUUUAAACAAGUAUGAUUCUUCAUACUACACAAAGAAUGGGAAAGACCCUUUGGUUUACCCCUAUGUGUUGCUUCUGAGUGUUCAAUUUCUUCCAGCAAUUUUGUACUUGACGAAGGAAACUGGGGAUGAAGGAUACAAUGUAGAUGCUGUCCACAUUUCAAUUGCAUUAGCAGACCAUGGCGUCCUCCCUGAGGGUGCAGGGGCUGGACAUAAGCUGGCUGUUAUGGAUGCCUGUGCUGAAGUUGCUAGCUUAAUUCGACAUUAUGGAUCCAUUUACCUGCGUCAUGGCGAUCUUUCACUUGCAUUGGAGUACUAUGUGCAAGCUGCUGCUGCAAUGGGAGGAGGGCAGCGGUCAUGGACUGGUCAAGGAAAUGUUGAUCAACAGAGACAGCGAAGCAUGAUGCUGAAACAACUCCUUUCAGAGAUCUUGUUAUGGGAUGGUGGUAUUCCUCUUCUGCUCGGUCCAAAAGGUGCUGGUGAAGAAGGCUUUUUGAGAAGAUAUUUGCCUGACUGGCAGAGCCGCCAGCAGUUUUUACUUGAAGCUGCCUGCCAAUGUCAAGAAGCUGGGCUUUAUGACAAGGUUACUUUUCAUUUUUGACGUUUUUAUUUUCUCACGAUUCUAGACGAAGUAAUUUCUAAAAAGUAAUAAUUUCAUCUCACUAAACUUGGUAACAUUUCACUUCUCUAUAAAUUUUUUUAGUUUUCCAAUUCUAGGAAUCCCAAAAUGUGGAUGAAGAAGAUUUGUGAAUUUAGCAAUCAAGUAGAAGGUUGAUUGUUGGAACCUCUGUCCUUGUCUUGGGUUUUAAUGAUGAAAAUCUUAGUGAGGUGAUCAUAUUAUGUUGUUUUUCACCAGAAAACACCUAUAAUGUUGUGUCUAGUUGUCCAUUUGCUCAAAUUGCCCUCCUAAUCGAAUAUCAUACUAUUUUUAGUGUCACUUUCUCAAGCUCUGACAGUGGGCUGAUUGAUGUUUUAGAUUCUGGAUUCCUAGAGAGUAGCAUAAUGCAGCUGAUUAACUAUAGGGAUUAUAAGGAAGUGGACGUUGAGAAGGAUCUUUAAGGCAACGGAUGGAGCUGUUUAGGUCAAGAGAUAUAUGAGUUUAAGGUUUAUUGUUAGGUAAGCCGUAUUACUUUUGAAGAGAGAUGUAGCAUGCGGUGCACUUCGUUGAUAACCAGAUAUCAUGGUCAUGAAACAUUGUGCUAUCUGGUUAUAGUUGUUGAAUAGCCUUGAAAAUAUUGAGAACACUAAAGUUGAAUGUAUUGCAAAGUUCUAUAUGCAGUUUUCCUCAGAACGUCUUUGAUUGUCCCCUGUUGAUUAGUUGGGACCCAAACAUGAUGGUUCUGUCCCUAGACAUUGUCUGCCUUCCAUUUGGCUUACUUCAGUUUGUGUGUAGGCUACUUCAGUGUGAGUUUUUUGGCUCUGGGGUACAGGUAGUGGGAAUGGCGAAAAAAGGGGAAUAAGGGAUUGACAGUACCUUUUGAAUUAUGUUCGUAUGUGCACAUAGAGGCCAAGUAUGUUUUCACCAGCGGGGAUCAACUCCAUUCGUGAUAGACCUCACUUGUGGCAAUGAGUUUUAGUGCUCAAGGUGAACGUUAUUGUACAGAAGUUGUCAGUCCGCUUUAACAGACAAUUAAGAAAAUAAUAUAUGAGGGCUAGCUGCCCCUUUGACAUUGGUGGAUCCUCUUUUGGAGACUGUUGAAUUUCCCAACUUUUGUUUGGCUCUUAAAACUUUGAACUUCGUAAGUCUUGUUGCUUCAGUGGAUCAAUUCCGUAACGUCACUCUUAAGCAAUAUCCUUUUUCACAUCGUCACCAGCCCUUACUGCGUUGGAUGUUGCUAGAUCAGCUGCUUUAUUUUUGGUAACCAAGAUUGAAAAGUGUUUUCGUCUACCUGCUUAGAUCAAAAUCUGAAUCACAAGUCUCUGAUAAGGACUGCGUGGUUCUCAUAUGAUGAAAGGUGUCAUUCUAGGAUAUGCGUUUCCUAGUCUUUUGUCUACAGUGUUCCUACUUCCAUCAUCUCUUCCAAAUUAAAUUCUGGUGGCUCACUUCCUCGUUGUCAUGAGAUGCAUGCAUAACUUUCUGUUUUUAAUAAAUGAUUGGAUGGACAAAGGUAGUGAGAAUAUUUACUAGAUGAUAGCUGAGCAUGUUCCUAUCCAUAUGCAGUGUCUGACUGGAGGUCCAUGUUGUUUUGUAAUUCGAUGUUUCUUUCUUUUCGUUCCUUUUGCUGUUGGCGUAUAUGAUUUUUUUUCUUUUCCACAAAAUAAUUUCUUUGACCUUUUCACACGCAAAUAUCUUUUCGGCUUAUUUAUCUUAUUUAUUGUCUUCAUUAUAUUAUCUUUUCGUUUUGAUCCAAACUUGUAAGUUCUUUAUAGAUUUUCACCUGAGAACUGGAACAAACUUUAUACCCUUUUUGUUCUAACAAGUUAUGUAAAUUCCAUCUCAUAUAAUGAACCUGAUUCCUGUUUUAAUACUUUGCAGUCUGUUGAAAUCCACAAGAGAGUUGGAGCCUUUGUCUUUGCAUUGGAGACAAUAAACAAGUGUCUCUCGGAGGCAAUAUGUGCCCUAUCACGUGGUAGGUUGGAUGGUGAAAGCCGAACCAGUGGUCUUAUUCAUUCUGGAAAUGAAAUCAUAGAGGCUUACAAGUAUUCUCCCGAAGCCAGGUUAGAUAUCCAUUUGGAAAAUUUUCAUUGAAAAUAUUUUUUUCAAUUAGUUUGAAAUAUCUUUCAUGUAUCUGUGGUGGCUUUUCAUAUGGGUACACCAUAUUUUGUCCACGUACCCUGCCAGAUAUUGUAGUUGCCAUGAUUUAUGUUAGAAUAUACAAUCUUCAAUUCAUUUGUGAGUAAAAUUUGUCAUCUACAUUGGUAUCUUGAGGCGCUUUCUUCAAUUACUUAAUACAGUAUUUUUGAAUUGAUUUCAUGAGAUCAGAUAAGUAGGUGUUUACUAUACCUAUACAACAUUAAAGACUUUGGCUAUCAAGAUUGAGCAACUUUGCUUAUGGUGGCAAGUCUUCGCAGCACCAAUGUAGAUGUUUUGAUGAGUCAUGUCACUAGAACGUUAAAAAAGCAACUGAUCUUGAUAGGUGUGCGUUUGAACCAGUAGAAACUCCAUGAAAUAUUGAUCCUGGGUGUUCCUCCAUGGUGUCAGACAUUUAGCAUUCUAGAAUGGAGGAUUGCAUAACACUUCUGAAUGUGUCUCUGCGUGGUGAAACCAAGGAAAAGAAAGAACAUUGGCCCAAAUCUCUGCAACUAUUUCGAUUAAAAAACGUGGUUGCAGUUGGAUGGGGACGUGAAUUACAAUUUUGAUGGGAAUGAUGCUUAUGGUUGACUUACAGAUAGUAAUCCUGAUUGCAGACUUUUUCCCGCUUCAGUAGUAUCGCUGACAUAUCAAGGCUUUGAUUUUUUUUCAACAGAAAAUCGUUCUCCUAAUGGUUGGCCUUCUGUCUUCCGCUUCUAUGGGCGUUUGUCUUCUUCAAACUGCAUUCCGUUGGUUUUUAUGAAACAAAGAGGCAUUUGGUUGCUUCUUUAAGACAAGGCUCCUACCAAUAUCAAUCCGCAUACUGGGAAAAACUUUUGUGUUGUGUCAUUUAGGAUUUUGGAUGAAAUCUACUCGGAGUGUUAUAGUAAUAAUAACUUUGCUUCUCAGGAGAUUUACUUUGGUUCCAAAUGAUUUUGGUGGUGUUUCUCUCCCUGGAACGCCUGUUACAAGGCUACGCCAUCAUAAUUUUUUAGAGGGUGGAUAAAAUGGCAUACAGCAACCUGUCUCGUAAUUUAGAUUUCUUGUUCUUGCUUCCUUAGGGAAAGAGAUUCACCUCUUUGAUAACCACGGGUUGAGAGAAAAACUAGUCUGGUUUUACAAUUGAUCUAAAAGAAAUCACCCAAACUUAUAGGCUGAUAAUUUUUUUUGGGUUAUUCUGCCAUCAUCCUGUUGUUGGAUUGGACAGGGAGUUAUGUAAAUUGGAUACAGUCUGUGUAUGUUUCUUGGACCGAUUGUGUUCUGCUUGCAAGGCUCUGCAAUUAAUUCAUCAGAGUUUCUCUCCGUUUCUUCAUUGGCUUUAGAUUUUUACAUCAUUGGCCCCAUCUUCAAUUAAUGAAUAAUCUCCAAUGCUGGAACUUUCAUGCAGCCUUCAAGAUAGGGAGAACAUGUCUGAACAACAAACUGUGUUAAGGCAGCUUGAGGCAAUAUUGUACGUCCAUAAAUUAGCCAGAACCAAUGAGUAUCCAGAUGCCCUAAGGGAGGUGUCCAAGCUGUCAUUUCUACCAUUAGAUCCGCGGAGACCAGAUGGUGCCUCUGACAUGUUCCAAAAGUUGUCUCCUCAUGUCCAAGCAUGCGUUCCAGAUCUCCUCAAGGUUCUUCUUACCUGCUUGGAGAAUGUCAGAGACACUGAUGGAACACUCCGUGCCAUGAAGGCCAAGGUAAAUGCUGCAUAAUUAUCUUCAUUUUUUUUUUAUACUAGUUUCUUUCAUAAUUAUCUGCAUAAUUAACUAGGGAUUUAUGGGAAAAUUCAUAGGAAAAUUCUUAUCCCAAGUUAUAUGAUUCCAUUUCUCAUGCUGUUCAUUGUUGCUGGAUAUAAUAUAGAUGCACAGUUAUGGGGUAAAGGUUUUGAAUGGCGGAAGAACUUUCUCCUUGGAGACUAUUUUGUACUAUUUUGAAUCGUUUAAAGUAUUAGGAAAAAGAUAGUAACUAAGUAUCUGCAUAUUUUCCCAUAGAAAGAAAGAAAUAAAUUCCUCAGAUCCUUCCUUGAUGUGGCAAUUGUCUUCUUCAGCCCGGAUCAGAAGUGAAGUCUCUGUUCUGUUUGACAAGUGUUGUCUGGCCUUCUGCUUGCUUACCUGCUGGUUAUUCUUCUCUUUCUCCUGCAGAUAUCGAGCUUUGUGGCCAGCAACAUGGCCAGGAAUUGGCCCCAAGACCUCUACGAGAAGGUCGCCCGGAGUCUGUGA